AUGCAAUUAUUUUUAGGAACGUGUAUUUUUUUAAUCUUUAUUAGUAUAAAAAGAAUUUUUUCAGAAGAGGAGGACCUUAUCAAUGAUUAUUCUCCAUUAUAUGAAGAUGAUCCAUUGCUUUCCUCUAUACUUAAGAGUGAUGGGUACCAUGUUCAAUUAUAUAAACAAUUAGAAUGGAUAGAACAUGAAAAUUUAAGGCAGAAUUAUAUAGAUAACUACUAUUAUUUAGCUACUAUAUUAGAUGACUACAAUGAUUUAUAUCGUUAUUGUGAAGUUAAAUUAAAGGAAGCUUGCAUUAGUAUAGAAGACGUAAAUAAAAGAUUCCAAGAAAUUUGUAGAAACCCUAAAGCAUCAUGCAAGGAUGCAUACUAUAAAAUUACCAAAAAAGCAAAAGAAAUAGCUACUAGCUUUUCAAAUAAAGAAACAAAUAAACGUGAUCAAUGUAGUAAAUUACAAGUUAAAUGCUUUUUCCUAGAACAUCAUGGUUCAAGGUAUAUUGGUACUAAAUGUGCUACAUUAAAAGAGUAUUGCUACAAUAAAGUCCGUAUGGGAGUGACUGAAGUAAUUGUUUAUGAUUUUCUGAGAGGAACUUCAAAUGAUUUAAAGACUUGUACAAGGAAACUUCAAAAUGAAUGUCAAUUAAUUAAUCAACGAAGUCCCGAAUUAUUCGAUUUGUGUGUCAAUGUUGACACUGUUUGUAACAAAUUUAUUUCAAAAUCUAAAGAGGAAUGUCAAAGUUCUCAAGCUUUAUUUCCAUUAAAACAAAUUUCAGAAGAAAAAUGUAAGACUUUAUUAGAAAAAUGCUAUUCUAUUCUUUCAGAGUGUCCAGCUCUUCAUUCGCAAUGUCGUUCAUUAAAAAUGGAUUGUGCAGAAAAAGGCUUUUUUUAUGAUAUUUCGGAAAAUUAUAAUUUUAAUCUUCUUGAAAACCCGUCUACUCAUAUGAACAAAAAUGGUGUUGAAUAUGCGUAUGGAAAAUUAUAUAAUUCAGGUAUACAUGUUACCAAAAUACAGAAUCUUUCAGAUUUACUAAUUGCCAAUUUUUUGACAAAUAAAACAACAGGAGCUGACAGAUAUUGUAAAAAAGUGUUGGGUGAAAAAUGUUCUUCGAUAAAUUAUUUAAGCUACAUCAAGCCUAUGUGCACUGCAUCUUCGAAUAGUGAAUAUAAAAUUUGUAAAAGAAUAGAUUGCGAAACCGAAAAUUAUUCUUAUUCACUUUUAAAAAAGUUUGAAGAAAGCAAUCAAUUUUUGAAGUAUUCAGAUCGUCCUCUUUCAAAAACCGAAUGUGAAGAAUAUCUUUCAAUAUGUUAUUUUAUUGGUAAAUAUUUUCAUUACUGGACGAAUUACGAUACUUGUAAAUAUGUACGAGUUGUUUGUUAUCAAGAAGAUUUAGAUGCAGCUACAAAUAUGAUUUUAAUAAAAAAGUUGAGUGGAAAGCUUAAAUUGAAAAGAGAUGAUCAAGGAAUCAUGGCUUUAUAUCAAGCUAUGAGAGAUUGUAAAAAUGCUCUUUUAGAAGAAUGUGGCGAUUUUAUGUAUCAUAGUUAUUCUAUACUAUAUAAAUGUUUACGUCCAAAAGAAACAUGCAGAAAUUUAACAGAUCUUCUUGAUAAAAACAGCGAAAGAUUAGAUGAAAAUUUAAAAGCGGCAAUCCUAAAUCCUGAAUAUACUACGUGUAGAAACCUAAAAGAAGAAUGUAAUGAAUUAGGGUCAUAUUUUGGAUAUACCUUGAUGUUAUGCAAAAUUUUCAAAAAAAUGUGUGAAAAUGUAGAUAAGUUAAUAGAAUUCAAAUUAAAUACACUUAAAGAAAAAAAUUCAGUUUUAAAAAAUAACGUUACUUGUUUGAAUUAUCUCGACAAUUAUUGUUCGGAAAAUGUCUCAAGUCACAUAUGUACUAAUAAAAAUAAAUCAUGUACACAAAUGUUAGAUCAAAUUUCGACACACUGCGAACAGUUACCUUUUUAUUUAUCGUAUUACAAAUCUUCUAAUGGUCAAAUAACUCAUAUAAAUUAUGGUCGUUGUUCUCAAUUCCUUAGUUACUGUGGAAUGCUCAAAGAAAUUUGUCCUAAUUUAAGUAAUAUAUGUUCUCAAGUCGAACAAUCAUGUAACAAAAUUUCAACUGAAAAGAAAAACAUUAUCUCUUUGAUCAAAGUCGUUGGCGAAGAAAUAUCUAAUCAUAGUAAAUGUGAAAAAAAGUUACGUGAAGUAUGCAGAAAUACUACUAUGAAAGAAAAAAUGAAUGAGCUAUGUACUAAAGUUAAUGAUACAUGCAAAAUUUUGGAAUUACAUUUAAAAAAAAUAUGUGAUCAGCUUACAUUAAAAAUCUUUAAAUUUUUGUUUACUAAUUCUAAAUCUGAAAUAGAAUGUCAAAAAUUAACACCUUUAUGUUCAUCUAUAGCAUCUUCUUGCAAUGAAACGAAUGUUAAAAUUCUUCCUUUAUGUCAUAACUUUACUAGUGUAUGCAAAUUACUUGAACCGCCAAAACCACCAGCACCACCAGCACCAUCAGAGCCAUCAGAAUCACCAGAAACACCAGAAACACCAUCAGAGCCAGUACCAAAACCACCGGAACCAGAGACACCACCAGAACCACCAGCACCAGAGACGCCAUCAGAACCAGCACCAAAACCACCAGAACCACCAGCACCAGAGACGCCAUCAGAACCAGCACCAAAACCACCAGAAUCAUCAACACCAGAGACUCCAUCAGAACCACCAGAAUCACCAGAAUUGCCAGAGCCAAAACCAACACUGACAAAUUCAACUGCAAUAUUAACAAGUACACAAUUGUUAACGAUAUGUUUACCAACUACAUCAGCUACGCAUUCAUCAGCUACGCAUUCAUCAGUUACACGUUCAUCAACUACACGUUCAACUACACGUUCAUUAAGGCCUAAACCAACGACAUCCUCUGACGAUAGACAUACAAUAGGCUUUGGAAUUAGAUCAAGAAAAUUAAGGGGAACAGAGUUAAUCUGGAUGGUUGCAGGAACAAUACUGGGAAUGUGGAUAAUUGUUUAA